AUGGUCUCUCCAGAUCCUUCGUCAGAUGGCGAAAAGCGAACCAAAGAAAAAGAGGAUGGUGCGGCUCCCGUUCAGAAUUUCCGUAUUUUCGGCGUUAGCUUAGCGCAGCCGCCGUUGAACUCCCCUCCACAGCCGGCCGGGCCCGUAGCAUUCACGCCGCCGUCAAUUCCGCUCCGCACGUCCUCCCCCCCGGAUGGCAUGCGCAAGUGCGCAAGCACGAGCGCGCUGGCGGAUCUCAGCCGCCGCCGCAAUUUUGUAUCCCCUGGCGGAGGCGCGGGCGCAGGCGCGCGCUUGCGGCUUCCGCUGUUCCGACCGGGCGAGGGUAGCGUGGGGAACAGUAUGGACGAGGAUAGCGCAGCUGAAGAUGAUGCGGAGGCGGAGGAAGCGGAGGAGGAAGGGGACGCAGGGGGGAAAACGGGGCGUGAAUCCCGCGCGUCUCGUGGAGGCGCGCGGCAACGGCCGGCAGGAGACCCCGAGUCUUCCGCCGGCAGCGCCGGCGGCAGCGCAAGGGAGCGGGGCGAACUAGGCGGAGGCGGCGGGGAAGGAGCGCGACAGGCGGCGGUAGCGGCGCGCAGCGAGGGAUCGAAUUGCACGCCGCAACCCGCGGGAAGUGAAGUCGCGAACGCGCCGAUGAGCGGGCGGGGGGGCGGGGUUGGCGGAAGGUUUGACGGAGGGCGGGGCGGAGGCGGAGGCGGAGGCGGCGGAGGCGGGGGGCACAUGGGCGGAAUAUCGUCGUCGAGGGAGCGGAAGAAAGGGAUCGCGUGGACGGAGGAGGAGCAUCGGCUGUUCCUGAUUGGUCUGAGCAAGCUGGGGAAAGGCGACUGGCGGGGGAUCUCGCGCAACUACGUGACGACGCGCACGCCCACGCAGGUGGCGAGCCACGCGCAGAAGUACUUCAUCCGCCAGAGCAACCUGAACAAGCGCAAGCGGCGGUCGAGCCUGUUCGAUAUAAGCACAGACGUGGUACGUGAUUGGGUAAUGGGGUGUGCUCGUUCUUCCAAAAUGAGUCCCAUCGCUGUUAAAACUUACUGCUCGUUUUCAUUCCCCUCGCUGCGCCAUUCCGCGUCUCCUUCGUGUCUCGAUCCAUGCGCACGCCGCUUCUCCCGUCGCUCACCUCUCUCCCCCCUCCCUGCGCCCCAUUUCCCCCAUCUCCCCCAUCCUCCCCUCCCGCCUACCCCCCCGCUACAGCUAGCGGAGGAAGCGGCGGGCGCAACGGUCAUGUCUCGAUCCAUGAGCACGCCGUCUCUCCCGUCUCUCCGCGACGAUCCCAAGUUUCUCCCCUCUGGAGCUUCCGGCGGACUCACCGCCGUCUCUUCCGCCGCCGCCAUCUCCGCGCUUUCCCCCUCCGCCUCCGCGCUCGCCUCCCCGCAAUCGUUCUCCCACCACGCUUCCCCCCAUCACGCGCUACAUCAGGCGCUUCCGCAUGCGCGCGCAUUUUCCCGCCCGUACCAGCUCCCCAACACCGCGCAAACCCUCCCCCCGCCCUCCUACAACCCGCACUCUUCCUCCGCCCAUCCCUUCGCCUCCGCCUCCUCCCCUUCCGCGCAUCCUUCCCCGCAUCCCUUCGCCCCUUCCGCUUCCGCGCACGGUUUUUUCGAUAUGAGCCGUUGCCAGUCGUACCCCGCAGUUCACAUGCUCGAAAGCGCAAACCCUUACGAUAAUCCCGCCCUUUCCGCCGCCUCCGCCGCCGCCGCCGCCGCUCGUGGCGGCGCACUUUCCGCCUCGCUGACGCCGCUCACGCGACCUAUGUCCUUGCCCUCCCUUCACCCUGCCUCCAUCCCGGAGUCUUCCGCCGUUCCUCCGGUCGAUCUAGGCCCCGCGCAUUACCUCCCUUCCGCGCAUGGCUUUUCCGCGCAUCCGCACUCGCAGCCCCCCCAGUGGCAUCUGCUCCCCUCAUCGUCCUCCAACCCCUCCGCCGCCUCCGCCGCCGCGGCGAGGGCGACUGGGCGCGGGCCGAUGACGCUCGACUGGUCGAUGUGCGCCGGUGGCGCUGCAGGCGCUGGGAGUUCCGCCUCCGCGGCGGCAUUGGCGCGCCAGGGGGGGGACACGAGCAUGGGUGGUGUGCCAGGGGUGGGGUGCGCGGGCUUGGGCGCGGGCGCGGGGGCGGGCGCGGGGCUCGGCGCGCUUGCAGAUGCGGCAGCUGCGCGGCACAGGAUUGGGCAUGAGAUGAUGAUGCAGAUGGGGCACGAAGCGACGGUCCAGAUCGGCCAUGAGCUGGCGCAACGAAUGGCCAGGAUGAGCCAGGCUGCGGAGAGAGCAGCCGCGGAUGGGGGCGGCCCAAUGCUGCUGGGGGGGAGCAGCAACGUGGAGAAAAGGACUAAACUAGAGAGUGGCAUGGGCUUUCCUAGCAGUGCUGGUGCCGUGGGUGGCGGAAAUGCUGCUGCUUCUGGUGCGAAUAGUGUUGGUGGUGGUGGUGGUGCUGCUGCUGCUGCUGCUGCCGCUGCCGCUGCCGCUGCCGCUGCCGCUGCGGGUACAGCAGCUGGUGGUGGCUCUGCUUUCUCUCCAUUCCGAUCCGGAAUGCCUGGUUCUGCUGCUGCCGCUGCUGCUGCCGGUGCUGCACCAGCAGCAUAUCUCUCCACUUCUCCACCCUCCACCUACCCGUACGGUCCCCUCUCGUCCUCUCCCCCCACCGGUUACCCCUCCAACUACCCGUACUCCUCCUUCCUCUGGCCUAGAACCACGUCGCACUUCCCUCCCAAGGAUCUAGCUAUGGAGGUGAAACGGCCUUCGGCAGUGGCUGCUGCCACUGCAGCAGCAUCUGUUGCUGUGACGGCAGCAGCCAGACUUGCUGCGUCUGCCUCCCCUGAACCUACUAGUGAUGUGAAGGCACCAAUAAGUGUGCAAUGA